AUGGCUCCUACAAAGUCAGAUGGCCAAGUGAUUAAGAAGAAAGGAAAGAAGAUUAGAACAACUGCGAAAUUUCACCGGCCAAAGACUCUAUCGAAGGACAAAAACCUAAAGUAUCCUCGCAUUAGUGCAACCCCAAGAAACAAGUUGGACCACUAUCAAAUACUUAAAUUUCCUCUAACUACCGAGUUUGCAAUGAAGAAGAUUGAAGAUAACAAUACCCUUGUUUUUAUUGUCGACCUGCGUGCUGACAAGAAGAAAAUUAAAGAUACUAUGAAGAAAAUGUACGAUAUUCAGGCCAAGAAAGUGAACACUUUGAUCAGGCCUGAUGGUACAAAGAAAGCCUAUGUGCGGUUGACUCCAGAUUAG